AUGAAACUCGAUAGAAACCAAGAAAAAGCCGUGAAUCACGUCACAGGUCCCGCUAUCGUCAUCGCAGGACCCGGCAGCGGUAAAACGACAGUUGUAACGGCACGAAUCCUGAACCUCAUCCAGACCCACAACAUCCCGCCCUCACAGAUCCUUGCUAUCGCCUUUAAUAGAAAAGCAGUUGAAGAGAUGGAGACGCGCAUCUUACGUGAACUCGCGUCAUCAAAACCUUCUCACGAAACCGAGAAACACCAAAAACCCGAAAUCCGGACACUUCAUGCUUUCGGUAAAGACAUUAUCACCGAAAACUAUGAACGCGCAGGAUUUAAUCAAGAACCUGAUAUCUGGACGGGUCAGAUAGAUGAAAUCAUCGCACAAGAACAGACCCAGAUUGAACGGGAUGCCUCCACCAUCUCAGUCGCCAUCUAUAAAAUAGAGAACAAAAGGACCGGCAAGUGUUAUAUCGGACAGACCACAAACCCAGAUCGGCGACGGAAGGAACACUUCGACCACUCAUCGAACGACAGACUUCGACAAGCGAUCCGAUCUGAAGGCGAAACACAAUUCAGUUUUGAGGUGCUUGAACGGGUCCCAGGACGAAAGGCAAAUCGUCGCGAAGCACACUGGAUUGCGUCCUACAGAAACCGUGGAGGCGUGUUUAAUCGUGCCGAUCCCUUGCGGGUACAGUACAGCAACCAAGUCAUUCUUGAAAUGUUCUGCCAGCAUUUCGAGAUUCCAUACAAAGAACACCUCGAUAGAGAUCCCGAUUUCGAGAACCUCCGUGACCGCUUCAACGACAUAAAAGAGACCGUCAUGCGAGCAAAACGGCACGUUACGACAGGGCUGUUCGACCCGACCACACUUAAUGACCCCGUAGUACAAGCAUUUGCCGUAAAAUAUGAAACGCUCAAAACCGAGGCAAACGCUGUCGAUUUCGAGGAUAUGAUUAUUCAUGCCGCGAACUUACUUAAAACGUGUCCGGAUCUCCGCCAAACCUACCGUGACAAAUACCCGUAUCUGCUCGUCGAUGAAUUCCAAGACAUUGCACCAGCCGAUUUCCGACUGAUUAAGCUUUUAUCGGAGAACCUUUUUGCUGUCGGCGACGACGAUCAAGCCAUUUACGGAUUUCGUGGUGGCGAUUCCGAAAUUAUGCAGGCAUUCACCGAUCAACGGGAUGUCGCAAAAUACGAAAUCGCGCGCAAUUAUCGCUCCACAUCAACGAUCGUUGAACACGCAAGAGCCUUGAUUGAGCGAAACGAGCCGCGAAUCAGCAAAAACCUUCGCGCCCAUAAUCCGCUACAGCAAGAGAUAAAAAUCGUCAAGACAACGCCUGAAACUGUAGAAACCAUCCUACGCCGUGAAUUGAAAUCCUCUCAGGAAAUCGCUGUUUUGGCGCGCACUAACUACGAAAUCGACCAGAUUCAAGGGAUGCUCACCAAGCACGCGCACCCUGUCGAGGUGACGACAAUCCACAAAGCUAAAGGUAGGGAAUGGGAAAAGGUUAUCCUCAUCCAUAACACAUUGGAGCGGCGUUUCCCGCGUCGUGAUAAUAAACUUGCAGAGGAGCGUCGUGUCUUCUACGUCGCGAUGACGCGUGCCAAGGUGGAGUUAGUGGUACUCGGUGGAAUGUGUCCGUUUGUGCCAGAGUUUGAGAAAAUCCCGAAAAACGCCGGUUACUAUCUCCGGAAGUUUGCGUAUUGGUGUGCGAGAAGGAGACUGAAAAAAGAGAAAGAUGUAAAAUAG